GUUAUAGGAGGAGGAGGAGGAGGUGCUGGUCUGUGCUGGAGUCACGUGAUUUCGAUAUAGUGUGCCGAAGACAUGGCGGACAAAGAAGAAACUGAAAAGACCAUCGCCGAGGACUUGGUUGUCACCAAGUAUAAAAUGGCUGGCGAGAUCGUAAAUCGGAUAUUAAAGCAAGUUUUAGACAAAUGCGUUGCUGGAGCUUCUGUAAGAGAAAUAUGUGAGUUUGGUGACAAACUACUUACAGAAGAAACUAACAAAGUUUUUAAAAAAGAGAAAGAACUUAAAAAGGGGAUUGCUUUUCCAACAUGCAUAUCAGUCAAUAAUUGCAUUUGUCACUUUUCACCCAUUGCUAGUGAACCUGAUCUUAUUCUCAAGGAUGAGGAUAUGGUUAAAGUUGAUCUGGGAGCACAUGUCGAUGGUUUUAUAGCUGUAGUGGCACACACCAUUGUCAUAAAUUCUUCACCAGAGAAGAAAGUUACAGGCCGAAAAGCAGAUGUAGUUUUAGCUGCACAUUUUGCUUCUCAAGCUGCAUUAAGGCUGUUGAAGCCAGGUACAGAGACAUACACAAUAACAGGCACAGUAGAGAAAAUAUGUGAUGCUUAUAAAUGUAAACCGAUUGAGGGCAUGUUAAGUCAUCAGUUAAAACAAUUUAAGAUUGAUGGAGAGAAAACGAUAAUUCAGAAUCCGAAUGAUGCACAAAAGAAAGAACAUGAAAAGUAUACACUUGAAACUCACGAGGUGUAUGCAAUGGAUGUACUGGUUAGUACAGGUGAAGGGAUAGGAAGGGAACAGGAUACUCGAGUCACAAUAUACAAGAAGACAGAGGAGACAUAUCAGCUUAAAUUGAAGGCGUCUCGCAUGUUUUACUCGGAAGUCUCCCACAAGCAUGGUCUCAUGCCAUUCAAUUUACGCACCUUUGAAGAUGAGAAGAAAGCGAAAAUGGCUGUUGUUGAAUGUGUAAACCAUAGGUUGAUUGAGCCAUUCCAAGUGCUCUAUGAAAAACCAAAUGAGUAUGCUGCACAAUUCAAAUUUACAGUACUUUUGAUGCCUAAUGGACCUCAUAAAAUUACAGGAAUUCCCUUUGAUCUCGAUAUCUAUCAAUCUGACUGUGUUGUGGACGAUCCCGAAUUGAAGAAUCUUUUGUACUCUUCAGCAAAUCCGAAGUCGGCAAAAAAGAAGAAAAAGAAGGCUGAGAAAGCUGUAGAUGUUGCUAUGGAAGUUGAUGCUAAGGCCUAACACUGUCAUUUUCUAACACAUACCAUGACUUAUAUUGACAUCAUGCACUAUUUCAAUAUUUUUCAUUUAGUGAUCUAAGUAAAAGGCUGGACACUUUCAAACACAAAUCACUCGAUUAAUAUAAUACCUUCGUUUAGAUAUUGCAUUGAUAAAUUGCAAGUUGCAUCAAUGUUUUGCAUUGUUAUGCUCUUGCUAUCAGUAAUCGUCUGAUAUGUAUCCACCUAAUGACUUACCUAUUUACCUUUCUUCCUUCCUCUUUAUUUUCCUAUUUAUGUACUUCAUUCAUCCAAUGGAAGUCUCAAGUUUUGCCAUUUGAUACGUAUUACCUAUUUACCUUUCCUCUCUACCUUUCUAUCUAUAUACUUCAUUCGACGGAAAUAUCUAGUUUUGUCGCCCUGAAUCGAACCAAGAAUCAAACUUUAUUAUACAUUAUAUGAUAACUUUUCAACAUUUAAGUUAUACCAGAGUAUCUUUUAAUGUGGACCAUGGAUCGUAUUAUUACUAUUUAUAGAUUGUUAAUUAUUCAUAUGACGAUUACUUGCAAUUGUAAUGCAUUACGAACUUUGAACUAACGUUUUAUAUGUAACAAUUAUGUGUGACAGUUUUCUGUGGAACAUUUGGAUUGGCUAAGCUAAAAAAAGUGAAUUGUAUAAACUCAAAAUAUAUUAAGAAAUAUUUUCGCUUUCCUAUAUAACUAAAAUUAUAAAAUUGUAUAGAAUACAUCUCUUCAUUUUAUAUACAGGGUGUUAAUUAAUUCUUGCUCAACAAGUACAUAGUGAGAUUCUUUGAUGAAAAAUAAGCCGAAAAGACAAUCCUCAAACAUUUUUUCUGCGAUGUUUAAUGGAGAGAGAGAGAGAGAGAAAAGGAAUUAUUAAAUGAAAUUCACAUUUUAUCACACACUUAGUGCCGUUCCGGAAACGGAUAUAUGUCCAUGAGCCGUGCGGUUGGUAGUUUGCGUGGCUACAUAUCCGACGCGUGGUUCACGUAUAUUUAAAUAACAACGCUCUGUGUGUGUGUAUUAGGUAGAUUUUAAUAAUUUCUCUUUAAGCAUUGUAAAAAAAAUGGUUCAGGACUUUUGAAUUAUUUUUCAUCAAGAAAUAUUGCUAUGUACUUAAUAGACGUAAAUUAAUUAUAUAUAGCACUUUGUAUAUAAAAUAUUAUGUAUACACACACACACACAUAUAUGUAUACAUAUAUACUUUAAAAUUUUAAAUAAUAUCACAAUUUAAUUUUAUGGGUAAGCGAGUAUAUAUGCUGUAACAUCUGAAUAUUUGCACAAAAUACGAUUCACUUAAUUCUAGUUCUAGAUUAGCCAAUUUUAUUUUGUGUCCAGCUAUGAGAACUACUAUAAUAAGGUUUAACUACAAAUUGUACAAUUGGAGAGUGUCCAUUCUGGGACAUUGCAUAAACAAUGAAAUGCCAAUGA